UUUCUUCUUUCUUUUUAAGUGUUGCAAAGUAUCUCAUUUUAUAGAUGUCACAAAUUAGUCCUUACCAAUGAAUGUUUAAGUGGUUUCCAAUAAUUGGUGCUUAUAAACAGUUUGAGCUGAGUUUUCAGAGGCAAAGAGCAACCAGCUCUAACUCAGCAAGUUUGAGAGAAUGACACUUUACAGGAAGAGGCUAGUGUGAGAGGAGACAUGGAGCAUGAGGACAUGGACAUUUAGGGUGAAUUCUUGAGGCUCAAAAUGGCUGUGUGUGAACAGAAGACAGGGACAGUAAGCUGGAUGAGCAGGAGGAGACCACAUUGCAGUCUUAUACUCCCACGCUUAAUGUGACAAUUAUAAAUGAUGGAACUAAUAAAUUAAUGGGAAAGGAGGGACAAAUCUUCCAUUCUUAUGAAUUCUGAUUAAUAAAUAUAGAAAGCAUGAGGGAAACAGAAAACCACUAUUAGAACACUAUAGUAAUAAUUGCCACAGGCAAGAUCUACAGAUAAGUAUUAAAAUGUUCAUAAAAUUAGCUAAUAUUAUUGUAAUAAUAUUAACUUCUUGGCUUUUAUAAAUAUGUCAUAGUUAUUUGAGAUGUUAAUAUUGGAAGAGAUUGCUUGAAAAUACUGACGCUCUGUGCUAUCUUCCCAACUACUCUGUAAAUACAUAAUUAUUUCAGAAUAAAAAGAUAUAACAAAUUAGAAGAGUUACAUGAUUGACUCACUUUUGAGAAGAAUCUCAAUGGUUGUGUUGGGAAAGGAGGCUGGAAAGAGAAAAGACCAGAACAAGGAGAUUGCUGCAGAUGAGAGGAGAUCUCUUCUUAAGAAGAAAUGGUAGAAGACAGGAUGGGAGCGAGGGCAGAAGGAAUCUGGAGAGACUCUAGAAGGAAGUGUAAAAAGGCCUGGCGAUGAUUUGGGUGAGGAAGUUAGGAGGUAGAAGGACCAGGAUAAUAGCCUGGUUUCAGCCUCUGGGAGUCGGGCAAUGAUGUUAUUUAUGGAGGUGGAGGGAAUGGCAGAAAGAACAGGUUUCAGGGAAAGGCAAGCUCUGAUUUAGACCCAUUGAAUUUGGAGUACAUUUGAGAGAUCCUCAUAUCCACUAGGUACCUGGGUCUGUGGGCCUGCAUGUCAGAAUCAUGGGUAUAUAAAGGGUGGAUAAGGACAGUGAAAUGAUGAGAUGGCCCAAGGAAGGUGGACAGAGGAAAAAGAGGGCCUAGCACACAGGCAUUUAGGAAUUUGGCCUAGGAGGUGACAAGGAGAAUGGAGAGAGUCCAGAAAAAUGGUGGCAUUGCAAUGCUGACAUGCAGAGAUUAACUCUGGGGCAGGCUGCUUGGGGCAGAACAUUGACUCUGCCAUUUAUUACUCAUUGUGUGACGUGGGGCAAGUUAUUUAGUCCAAUAAGUUUGUUAUCAGUGUUUUAGGAGAUACUAUCUGAAAAGUUCUUGUAAUAAUGCUAGGAUUAUAGUGCUCUAUACUGUCCAUGGUCCAGUUGUGCUAGGCCAGUGGGAUAGGUUGCUGAGAGACCAAAGGAGACGCCAAGAGAUGAAAUGUGGUACAUAAGGUCUAUUGAAAAAUGCUUAUGGGGACAGUCUAGUGACAACAGGCUGGAGAGGUGCUUUUACAGGAAGACCGGUGGCAAUGGCUUGGACAGGUGCACCUCUAGUUUACAUGGUGGCUCUGGUGCUUCACCAGAAAAUAGUGCCUCCCAUACCUCACCACUCUAUCCAGUGGCAACCAGCUGUGUACAUCCAGUCAAAGUGUUCUGUUUCAUGCCAGUUAUCACAGGAAGAGGGAUUUUAUAAGGUGGGCCAAAGAAGCAGUGGAAAUACUGGUUUACCUUGCUUUGUCCCCAUAUGACCAGCAUCCCAAGUACAAAGCUGCAUAUGAGAAAGCAGCUUCCAACAGAUGACACUAACUUGCCCUAAUUCCCAGCAUACAUGAUAGAAAGUCAGCAUCCUUCUAGAAAACAUUUAUUUGGAUAUUAUGACCCAGGCUUGAUCCCAUUGUUCCCUUAACUUGGCUGGGUCCUUGGGAUGGAGAGGAGAACUUGAGAGACAUAGUAUUUUUACUAUCUUCCUUUCCUUCCAAGGAUAAAACAUGAUCAAAGAAUGUUGGCUAAUCAGAGGCAAUAGAAAACUAGAGUGAUUUCCAGGAAACUAUGGGAACACAGUGGUUCAAAAAGGAGAACAUAUAUUUCAUACCCACUAAGAUGGCUAAUAUCAAAACAUGGAAAAUAAUAAGUGUUGACAAGCUUGUAGAGAAAUUGAAUGUUUGUGUAUUGCUGGUAGGACUGUCAAAUAGUGCCACUACUGUAUAAAACAAUUUGGUGGUUCCUCAAAAAGUUAAGUAUAGAACUAUUAGAUGAUCCAGCAUAUAUAUACAAAAGAACUGAAAGCUUUAACUCAGACAGAUACAUAUACACCCGUGUUCAGAGCAGGAUUAUUCAUGGUAGCCAAAAAGGUAGAAACAAUACAAGCAUCCAUCAGCAGAUCUGUGGAUAAACAAAUGUGAUGUGUCCAUACAAUGGAAUAUUUAUUUUUAUAAUAUUUUCAUUUAAUCUUAAAAAGGACUGAGGUUUUGAUGUACACUCCAGCAUAGACCAACCUUGAAAAUAUUGUACUAAGUGAAAUAAGUCAAACCAAAAAAGACAAUGAAUGUAUGAUUCCACAUAUGUGAAAUACUGACCAGGCAAACUCAGAGAGAAAGAAAGAAGAUUAAAGGUCGGUAGAUGCCAAGGACUGUGGGAAGUAGAGAGGUAAUGUUUAAUAAGUACAAAGUUUCUGCUUGAAAUGAUGAAAUAAAUAGUGGUAAUGGUUGCACAACAUUGUACUUAAUGCCACAGAUUUGUAUGCUUAAUAAUGUUUAAAAUGGUAACUUUUAGGUUGCAUAUAUUUUACCACAAUAUUUUUUAAAAGGAGAGCAUGCUAAUGCUGCAGAGAAGUCAAAUAACAUAAAAGCUGAAAAUCUAUCCUUUGUAUUUUGUGACCAAAGGGGCUAUUGAUGACACUUUCAGAGUCCUUGUAGUGGAGCAGAGAUGUCAAAGGUCAGAUUGCAAUGGACUAAAGGUGAUUGGCAAGUGUCUAGACCAGAGGUUGGUUAACUACAACCAAAUCUGGUCUGCUACCUUCUUUAUAACUAAAGUUUUAUUGGAAUGCAACCAUAUAUGGUUGCUUAUGUGCUGUGAUGGUGGAGUUGAGUAGUAACCAUGGAAACCAUAUGGUCUGCAUAACUGAAAAUCCUUACUGUCCAGUCCUUUAUAGAAAGAUUCCUAACCAUUGGCUAAGAAACACCCUGGUCUUUCAAAAACUUUAAUUUUCUUAAAUAAUUCCUUCAUUUCUGGGAAGCUACUGAGUCAACAGCAGUGCCUCUUUGGUUAGGUAGCAGAAUGGACCCAGUUCUUUUUAAUAAUAAUGAAUAAGGAGGAAGAAGAGGGGAGGAGGGUACAUUUCUUCCUUCCUCCCCCUUCACCAUACCUCUGCCUCUCACAGACCUGGAAAAAGGGAUUGUGAGUCCCCCUCACCCAGCUGCCUCCCCAGGACCCCAGAAAAACUCCUCACCAGUAAAUCAUCAUGUUACUGGUGAUAAUAAACUCUGAGAUGACUGAAAACUGCAGUUAGGUUUAAAGUUUUCUCAUUAAUUUAGGGAAAUUCCCAUAACCUGAGGCUUUUCAAGUGUUUGUUAAUCUACUUUCUGGGACUGAGUGCCACUACUUACUUCAGAUCAAAGAGAAAAGCCCGUGUCUUUAGCACUUACUUUGUGCCGUGAACAAUGCCAAUUUUGUGCCUAAGUGAUCUCUUGGUAAAUCAUCCUGACCGUUGGAGGGUAUUUCCUCACUUCACAGAAUGAGUGGCUGGGGUUCACUCGGGUGUCUCAGAGACCAGAGACCCACAGGGAGUUAGAAGAACUGGAGUUUGAAAUGAACCUGUCUGAUUCUAGGACCCUUGUUUCCACUGCUCCAUGUAGUCACUCUGUCCCCUGAGGACACCAACAACCUCAGAAUGGUUCCAUAUGCCCAUUCUAGGCAGAAUCCAAUACUUGCUUAGUGUUCACUUUGAACACUAUCCUUGCUAUGGCCUUGAAUCAGAGUUGACCCUGAACUAUGUCUCAAGUAGACCUGUGUCAGCUUUAGCAAGGCCUGUUCUGCAGCCUGCUCCCCACACUCCUCCUGUCCCCAGCCACCAUUUUUAUGGUUAUUCUGAGCCAACUAAGUGGUAGCUCUUUUAUUUCUUUAAAGCCAUCUGCAUUUCCAUGCAUUCUGCUAGCCUUACCUCAUACCUGGGAGUCACUUGUUCCUACCUUACCACUUAUUUUUACAUUACAGGCAACAGUAAUUAGGCACAGUGGCCCAGGAAUGCAGCAAGAGGAAGAUAUGGUGGAUUCCCCAGCUCUGGUCCAUUCACAUCCAUAUGAUUGGUGCACAAACACACAGCACCCUGGUGACUUCUUUUCCCUUGAAGGCUGCCCUUCAUAAUGCAUAACUAAGACUGCCUAGGUCUCUGUCACCAUCAAUCCAGAAUUAGGGAAUUCAUCCACCCACCCUUGACCAUAUUAGUGAGAAUAAGCAACUGUACCCAGAGAGGGAUGGCAACUGGCCCAGUACACACAGCUCUUGUCAGCACCAGAUCCUGGACUAGGAAGGCCCCAGCCUCCCAGCUCCCAGCCUGGAGCUCAUCCUGCUGCAGUUCGCUGCCUCCUGCCUACCUCGAUUGAUGAGGCAGGGGCUGUCCCCCUGCAUGUGAAGUGCUUACCUUGGAGCUCUUUUUAUGAAUGAGACCAGAUGCAGACCUCCACAUUGAUCAUUUCUGUCCCUCCCCUUUCUGCUUUCUGUUAAAGGCAGCCCCCCAGCUCCCAGCUGGCUCCUGUCCCCUCCCCCAGCCGGGAGAAGUUAUUACAUGAAGAGAUCAGCUUACCAGUUUUCUUCAGAGCAGAGGCUGAGCUCGGAGCGCCGGGUAGUACAGUGAGGGAGAGCCGAGGGAACCAGCGCGGUGCCUAGCGGAACUCCAGGGCUGGAAUCCCGAGACACAAGUGCAUCUGCUAGCUGUUAGCACUUGGCAGACGGAGUUCUCCUCUAGGGUAGCUCUAACUUUGGGUAAUAAUGUUUGUCAGCUACCUGAUAUUAACAUUGCUCCACGUUCAAACAGCAAUGUUAGCAAGACCUGGGGGAGAGAGCAUUGGCUGUGACGACUACCUAGGCUCCGAUAAAGUCAUGGACAAAUGCGGGGUAUGUGGAGGCGAUAACACAGGCUGUCAGGUGGUGUCCGGGGUGUUUAAGCAUGCCCUUACCAGCCUGGGAUACCACCGCGUUGUGGAGAUUCCCCAAGGAGCCACAAAAAUCAACAUCACCGAGAUGCACAAGAGCAACAACUACUUGGCCUUACGAAGUCGUUCUGGCCGCUCCAUCAUCAAUGGGAACUGGGCGAUUGACCGUCCUGGAAAAUAUGAGGGCGGAGGGACCAUGUUCACCUACAAGCGUCCCAAUGAGAUCUCGAGCACUGCUGGCGAGUCCUUUUUGGCCGAAGGUCCCACGAACGAAAUCUUGGAUGUCUAUAUGAUACACCAGCAACCCAACCCAGGAGUCCACUAUGAGUAUGUCAUCAUGGGAACCAACGCCAUCAGCCCACAGGUGCCACCUCACAGGAGACCAGGCGAACCGCUCAAUGGCCAGCUGGAUGAAGAAGGUAGAAGCCAGGAAGAUGGAGAAGAGAAAGAGAAGAACGGGGAGAAGGAAGACUUGCACGGGGAGGCGUCUGAAAUCUUCACCUCAGAAUCGGUGCAGACCUUCCCGAUCAGGCAUCCAGAUAGAUUUUCUUCCCAUCGACCAGACAACUUGGUACCACCAGUGCCACAGCCCCCACGAAGAAGCCGGGAUCACAACUGGAAGCAGCUGGGGACAACAGAGUGCUCAACAACCUGUGGGAAAGGAUCACAGUACCCUGUUUUCCGCUGUGUGCACAGAAACACUCACGAAGAGGUUCCAGAGAGCUUCUGUGACUCCAGCAUGAAGCCAACUCCAGAGGAGGAGCCCUGCAAUCUCUUCCCUUGCCCAGCCUUCUGGGACAUCGGGGAGUGGUCUGAAUGCAGCAAAACCUGUGGCUUGGGCAUGCAGCACCGCCAGGUUCUGUGCCGCCAGGUGUACGCCAACCGAAGCCUAACUGUGCAGCCCUACCGCUGCCAGCACCUGGAGAAGCCUGAGACCACCAGCACCUGUCAACUCAAGAUCUGCAGCGAGUGGCAGAUCCGGACUGACUGGACCUCGUGCUCAGUGCCCUGUGGAGUGGGACAGAGGACCCGAGAUGUGAAGUGUGUGAGCAACAUUGGGGAUGUGGUCGAUGAUGAGGAAUGCAACAUGAAGCUCCGGCCAAAUGACAUCGAGAACUGUGACAUGGGACCCUGUGCAAAGAGCUGGUUCCUCACCGAGUGGAGUGAAAGGUGCUCAGCCGAGUGUGGGGCUGGAGUGAGGACUCGCUCAGUGGUGUGCAUGACCAACCACGUCAGCAGCCUGCCCUUGGAGGGCUGCGGGAACAACCGGCCAGCGGAGGCCACCCCGUGUGACAAUGGGCCCUGCACUGGCAAGGUGGAGUGGUUCACUGGGAGCUGGAGUCAGUGUUCCAUCGGGUGUGGGAGUGGGACACAGCAGAGGGAGGUGAUUUGUGUGAGGAAGAACGCAGACACUUUUGAAGUGCUGGACCCCUACGAAUGCUCCUUCCUGGAGAGACCCCCCAGCCAACAAUCGUGCCACCUCCAGCCUUGUGGAGCUAAAUGGUUUAGCACAGAAUGGAGCAUGUGCUCCAAGAGCUGCCAGGGUGGCUUCCGGGUCCGGGAAGUGAGGUGUCUGUCAGAUGAUAUGACCCUAAGUAAUCUCUGUGACCCUCAGUUGAAACCAGAAGAGAGAGAAUCUUGUAACCCCCAGGACUGUGUCCCUGAAGUUGAUGAGAACUGCAAGGACAAGUACUACAACUGCAACGUGGUGGUCCAGGCGCGCCUCUGUGUCUACAACUACUACAAGACCGCCUGCUGUGCCUCUUGCACUCGUGUGGCCAAUAGGCAUGCGGGGUUCCUGGGGAGUAGAUAACAUCCCGCAUCGCAUCUCGUCAGCAGGGCAGCAUCCCUGCCCUCCCCGGGGGCUGUAAGCAAUGUGCCUGGCUGGCUCCCUGGCCCAGGACACUGACAGUCAACUUCAUCACCACCCUUGCCUUUGGUCAAGUGUAACCAGGAGCUUUGUGCCCUGGAUGUUAGAAAGCCACAGUGGGUCCUUUAAUCAUCGUCAUACACUGAUGACACCUCCCUUGAGACCUGGCAUCUGCUAACGGUGCUCUCUGAAAACCAAGCCAUGGGAAACUCCAUAGCUCUCAGCCCAACUCCUGCCCUGGUGCUUUGCACAUAAGCAGACAGGCCACUAACCAAGCACUGCCUCAUCCCUGGUGUGACUGGCCUUCCAAAAUUAGUAUCCUUGGACAGUCAGAGGCAGCGCUCCGUCCCAAAGACCCGCCAAGCCUUGCUGAGACCUGUGCACCCUCUGUCACCUCAGCCUGGCUGUGCCUGUUUUCAUUCUCAAAGACAUUAGACUGUUCUGCUGCCUUAUGACACAGAUAUCUCACAUUAAUGUAGUGCUUCAUUGUUUAGCAGGCGUAUUCACAGAUAUUAGUUCAUUAGUCGUCACAACGUCCCAGAAUGGGAAGCAGGGGAUAAAUAAUCGUCCCACUUUAUUGACAAGGAAAUAUCUGAGGCUCAGCUCAGGUCAUUGACCUGCCAUUCCGUGGCAGAACUGAGUGCCUGUUCCAAUCGCCUGCACAUGACCCUUACCCAACCGCACCUCUACCACUAUAGAGGUCUUAGGUGUGAAGGAUGCAGCUUCAUUUCUAACCAAAAGCCUGAAAUUUCCACCAGCAACAAAUUGAAUUCUUUCCUCCACCUGGAGGUCAAGUCCUCAUCCCCAGGAUUCAGAUUUCUGUUUCCAUUUUCCCCACAAAGUCACAGGCCCUAGUGACAGGACUCUGCAGGUUUGGCUGAACUCCACCCUCAGCAGAACUGUCCCAUGAGACAAGAAAGCUAGAGGGAGAACCAGGUGAUUGCCUGGGAUUCUGGCUCCAUUUCAAGUUGACAAGUCCCUCUGCCCAUGGGCCUUCCAUGUGGCAAAGCAGAUUCCCAAGGCCCACAGCUCUGGGCUCUGGGCUCUGGGCUCCUGCCUUCCUCAGCCAUCUCUCCCGUGCUCUUCACCACCUAGUAGAAAGUCGAGCGGGUAGGUCCCCCAAAAAACAUCUAAAUCACAUGACUCCCAAUCCUUACCUCCUCCCAGACUUGACCAGGAAGACCCUUACCUGUGCAGCCAGCCUGGGAAAAGGAGCUGUAAAGCCCCUCCCAUAUUUCCUGACUCACUUUAUCCAACUAUGUAGUCCCAGAGGCGUCACGCCUGCAGCAAGGUGUAGCACAUAUUGAAAGAUGAACCAACUGAAAAACCACUUAAGAGCAACAUUUUCUUUUCUUUUAUCCAUUAAGAAAGGUAUCAAGCUAAAUAACUGUAAACUUAUAGAAAAUGUCUCUUAUUUUUGGCCCUGGGCAUGUUACUCUUGUAAAGCAAGCCUGUAUUUUUAGCAACUGAGUUUCUCCCAUGAGCUCUUUUACCCGGAACUCUGCCAACUUGAUGAUUAUUUGCAGCUUUGGGAGGUGAUAUCACCAGCCUGGCCCAGCACAUGCCACUAGGAUUCCCACAAGCCUUGGGCCUUCUGAGGGUCCCUCCCAGCUCCUCUUCCUGGAGAGCACAGGCACCACUUCCCACAGCAUCUCCAUCUCCCCUGAUGCUCAUGUGACUCCUGCAGGUCCACAGCCCAGCAGAAGCCCAGCCUGCCCUGCUGACCAAACAAAAAGAGAUGUGAGAAGCCACAUAUAUGGACAGUUUCUGUCCAGUGCCUUCUGUUUCCCUCUUGCCACUUGCUUUUUCUUCUUGUCACAGGGAAGUUUUUUCUAUAAUGCAGCUGCUUCCAGAUAUCGCUAAACAAGCUGGUCAUUUGAAAGAUUGUCUGGAAGAGGUUUUCUUUACAUGCUGGAGUCAGGACAGAAUGGAAGAGAGGAAGGCUGACUUUUAGCUCCAGUGAGGGAAAAUGUUCCAGCCAUCAAAGCUGCCCAACAGAGGCAUGGGACACCACACCCCAUGGUCUCUCUGUUCCCAAAGGGACUUCUCUAUCAAGUAGAAGGAAGGGGCACAUGCUGGUCCUUCCAACUCAGGAAUCUCAUGACCAGGUGAGGUCAACAUGGCUUUGUCCCUUUGACAUGAAAUAGCGUCCUGUGAUCCUGAAUGUUACCUAACGGUUCCUUCAAAGGACUAUGAUCCUCUCACAAUAAUGGCCAGGUAGGAACAAAGGGACAUGUCUUCCAGGAAAAAGGGCACCUCAGCAAGGGGUCUUUUUAUUCUUACAACAAACAACUGAGAUGUUCUUGGAGUUUGUUAGUCUUUGGAAGGUUGUAGAUUAUAACAGAGGGUUUGUUGACAUUUUUGUCUUAGAAAGCCAAUUAUUCGGGUGUCCAAAUGCCCUUCUCCAUCGCACAACCCAUGCAGUCAGACUGUUGGGUGUUUUCAGACCACUUUCCUGGGAGGAAGUCUGAGAAAAGCCCACCUUGGGAUGACCCUCUCCCUCCAGCGGGCUCUGUCUGCUUCCUCUGUCCCCAUUUUUUUCACCCUCUCCUUUUAUUAUCUGCCAUCUCCUUCUCAGGUCUCUCCAUUUUUCCUACCUUGCCAUAAUGUGGUAUUGAAAUUUUUAUCUUAACAGGUUUUUUUUCUGUGCAUUGGAUUGCCCCAUUUCAUGAUCUGAGUUUUUUAAUUAGAUAAACUAAAGCUAUGAUAUGUUUUUCUCGCAAAAAAAGCAAAACUUCCAACAAAAGUAGUUUGCUUUGUUUCUUUCACUAUCAGAAAAGGAAAUGGUGCCUCUUGCUGCCCUAGGUAGAAGCCAACCCGACCUAUCCAUCCUCCACAUUCUCACCACCACCUGGAGUUCUUGCCACAGAAAAGGGACCUCAUAAUAACACUAACAAGACACCUUGUCAGCCCGGCCACUAGAGGGCAUCAGUUCCCUUCAUUAAGCCAUAGCUGUCAGCUGGUGAGAAACCGCAGUGAGGGAGACUCCUUUCAGCUCUUGGGAGUCACAAGAGCCACUGUAUGGCAGGCAUGCUCAGAACUGCCCUAUCUGUCCUUUUGUCUCACUUCUCUGGCCCAGAGUUCAUUGGAUAUUGUUUUUUCUUUGUCCUUCCACUUAUUCUCAAAAUGUUUAGGUUCAGCACUUUUUGUUUUAGAAAGUGUGGCUUUAUAAAGGAGUAAAAGGGACACCAGCCUGGCUUAUUUUCAUGGAGCUGUAAGGCAGAGAGAGAAAUCUAGAUAUUGCCUUUCCAGGCCACUAUUACUGAGCAUGGUGGCUCAUGCCUAUAAUCCCGUGACUCAGGAGGCUGAAGCAGGAGAAUCUCAAACUCAAGCCAGCCUUCCUAAGCAACUGUCUUUUUUUUUUCAUUAAUACACCUAUUUUAGAGUUGAAAUAUCAAUUUCUAAUAUGGAAGAAAAUAUAAAUGUAAGACAAGCUGAAUGAUUGUAUCAGCCUGGAAGGCAGAGACCAGCAUUUGAUCCCUUGCCAUACAAGACAUGUUUUAAUAUGACUUAGGAAAAUAGAUGCCCUACCAAUAGAAAUUGGGGAUAACAUGAAAUUGUGGAGCUAAUGGCUUGGGUAACAGGUUCUGAAUCAAAUAAGAUCAGGGAAGCUAGAAUAAAUCCCAAAGCUUCACAAGUCAGUAGGAAGCAACAUAAAGGUUUACAUUUGGAUUUUUUUUUUAACUACACAAGUAACAGGUGCAAGAGAUGUAAGAGUUUCAGGUAACUCAGCUCAGUGUAUUGAGAAAGCAGGAGGAAGCCACCAAAAAAAUAAACAAAACUUAAAAUACAUUUAGACUAUGCAAGGAGAAAACAUGGACAAGGGUCAAACCCCGUUUUGUCUGUGAUCAUUGGAGCCAUGCUUUAGGAAGACUGUUGAUCACGUGUAACAUUCAGAUGAGAAUGUCCAGUCCAAGUGAAGAGUGCAGAUGAUCAGAAACAGCAGAAAGGACCUCCUGAGAAUGUGCAGCCUGGAGCAGAGACUCAGGCACCAGGAAAGUCAUCUUAGGACAAGGAGGUACAAGUUGCAGGAAGCCAGAUUUUAACUCUUGCAGGAAAACCAACUGUCCACAAGUUGGAUCCUGCUGAAGGCAGAGGGAUUCUAGGAAAGGUGGUGACUGACCCGUCAUGGAGGUAUCAGCAGAGGCCAAAUGGCCAUGUGUUGGGCUGCAGGAGAGGGAUUCAGACAUCUGGCUGGGCACCAUGAUGUUCAAGGUCAUUUUCAGGUCUGAGCUUUGGUGAUUCUGUAAGAAGCACAGUUUUCUCUAAUCCAUCUGUUCUGGGAUGGCAAGUGCACUGCCUACAUACUUCCCCUUCCUGACUUUUGCCACCCUGUCAGCCAUUUCAAGCUCGCCAGUACACCGCUCCCCUGAGCUGGUUGUGGCCUUGUAUCUCAGAGCAUCGUUAACAACAUGGUCAGCGUUGCCUCAUCUGGUCCUGUGCCACAGAGGAGUGUGCCGGCAUGCUGUGACCCUAGCUGCCUCUCUGGGAUCACACAUGUUGAUGGAGGCUGAGCCUCCUCCUGGCUGGGCUCCUUUACCUAACAGAAUUCUCUUACCUCCUCUGAUUUCUUGCACCUUUGCUGGUGCAAAGUAAUUCUGUCCACCCUGAACCAUCUGUCCCCCAUUCCUGGUCCUAUCCAACUCCCAUCAUGCCAUGGAAAAAUGACCACGAGAUGGUGGAAACUUCCAGCCAACCUUCUCAGCAUCUUCCGGACAAUGAGUCCCUCACCUCAGUGAGAGGAAACCCAUUCUGUUACACAAACUAACUCCCACAUGCCUUGACCCCCAGCUCCCCGCCAUCCAGUUUGACAGAAGGAUAUAAUUUGUUAUAACUUAUUAUUUUGUUCUUUGUAAAUACAAAAUGUUUAUAGGAAAUAUGUAUUCUGAACUCUAUGUGCAGAAUGAGUCACUACAUCAAAAUAGUUCUAUUAUUUAGAGUAUGUUAAUUUUAAAGGGACCUAAUAGGUAUUUAUUUACAUAUGCCAUCCACAUUUUGUGUAAGAUCAUUUGAUCAUACUAACCCAGUUCCCUGGAAUGUUGCACACAAUAAUGCCUAAGAGAUUCUAAGUCCAUUUUUUACAAUUGUUUAGUAUACUGAUUAGCCAAACUCCUUGGGGUUUAAGGUCAAGUAUAAACUGCUCCACUUUUUGACUCGUUCAAGGGACUUUUACCCCUGGUAUUGUACCUGAACCGGAUUUUCUGUCUUAAAUAUUAUAUUUCCUCAUAUAAUCUGCUCUCUCCUCAUCCCCCAACAUUUGGAGAAGGACAUGUGUCUUGUCCUUCUCGUUCUUUCUUUGUUGCCUUCUCUGUUAGGCUCACCAGCAUCUGUUGCUCAGGAGGACUGGUCAGAGCUGGGAAGGAGAAGGGUCGCCUGGCAGGAUGUGGUAGCCUCCUCAUUUCUGAUGACACCUCCACAGUCCCUGCUGGGGCCAGUUCCUCGGGGAUGUCCUGUGAACCACAUGACUCAGAGCAAGAAGCUCGCUAAAUGCUCCCAUCAAUUCCAUGUUCCUUUAUAGUGUUAAAUUAUUAUGUAAGAAGGUGGUGAGUAGAAGGUGAAUUAUAUGAGUAAAUGCAGUCUGUUUUUCUCUUCAGCAAAAAUGACAACUAUUUUUGUGUAUGACUAAUUUAUUUUUAUUGUAAAAAUACAAUAAACUGGUUAAAAGAUC